GUUUGUACAAGCUGUGAAGACAAUGCAGAAGCCAAUGGCUUUUGUGUGGAGUGUGUAGAGUGGUUAUGCAAGACAUGUAUACGGGCUCAUCAAAGAGUGAAAUUCACAAAAGACCAUACAGUUAGACAGAAAGAAGAGGUUUCUCCAGAAGCUGUUGGUGUAACUAGUCAAAGACCUGUGUUCUGCCCUUACCACAAAAAGGAGCAAUUGAAACUCUAUUGCGAAACUUGUGACAAAUUGACAUGUCGGGAUUGUCAGUUGCUAGAGCACAAAGAACACAGAUACCAAUUCAUAGAAGAAGCCUUUCAGAAUCAAAAA